AGUCACGAUCCGAAUCUUGCACCAUUGAGGAGUGUCAAAGACUGUGGUUCAAAACUAACGCGGAAUUGACCAAGUUUCCCUCCAUUCAAUUGGAUUUACAUCAGUGGACACUUUUCAUUGGAGUUUCCAGAAGGAACAAACUUUUCUGAAAGGACUUUGUUUGAAUUUCCUCGAAGUUGGAUGGCAAAGAGACAAAAUAAUUAAAUUAUUGUGUUGAGAGGUGAAAAUAAAGGACAAUUUCUUCUUGAUGGAUGAUGGUGAAUGGUGGAAAAAUGAAUGGGCUUCAUAUUUUCUUAUUAAAUUAUCUCUUCAUUUUCACCCUUGGAUAUGAGUAUGGGUAUCCUAUAACAAUAGGUGGAAUUUUCGAUGGGGACACAAGUGAUGCCGAAAUGGCCUUUGCAUAUGCUGUAGAAACGGCCAAUAAUGAAAUUCUUGGACCAACAAGAAGUCAGCAAUUGGUAGCUGUUCCAAUUCGUGUGUAUGACAACAAUGAAUUUACAGUCUCCAAGAAAGUCUGCCAGGCCAUCCGUACGGGAAUAGCUGGAAUUAUUGGUCCACAAUCGCCACAUUCAUCGGUGCACGUUCACAGUAUCUGUGACGCCAAGGAGAUGCCCCACAUUCAGGCACGUUGGGAUCCCAUCGCUAGCACCCCGUUCGCCCUCAACAUCCACCCAGAUCCCCAAACACUAGCCCGUGUCUUUGUGGACUUAGUGAGGGCAUGGGAAUGGAAGGAAUUUACAAUACUCUAUGAAAAUGCUGCUCAUCUACCAAGAUUGUCAGAUCUCUUGAAAAUGUAUGACCCCAAGGGACACACAAUCACCGUUCGUCAAUUGGAUUUAGGACUGCCGAAUAACAAUUAUCGUUCGGUGCUGCGACGGGUUAAAUUAGCUCAAGACAUCCACAUUGUCCUGGAUUGUUCAGCAAAAAUUCUGCCCGAAGUCCUAAAGCAGGCUCAACAGGUGGGCCUCAUGACGGACUACCAUCAGUUUAUCAUCACUAACCUAGAUCUGCACACUCUCGACCUCGAACCAUACCAAUACAGCAGUACAAACAUCACAGGGAUUCGACUCUAUGACCCAGAAGAUUUGCGUGUGCAACAAAUCACUGAAUAUUGGAGAUAUCAGCAGAAGACCUUAGGACGGGAGUUAAACCCGGGACUUCAAGCCCAUAAUUUGACCACAGAAACCGUCCUCGUCUUUGACAGUGUUAUUAUGUUUGCUGAAGCCCUUAAACAAUUAAAGGGUAGUCGACAAUUGCGACCAAUUGCACUGAAUUGCGACGACAACCUGACAUGGAGCAGUGGAUCCAGUAUCAUGAACUUCAUAAAAACGAGUCACGCCCGAGGACUCAGCUAUGAUAUACACUUCGACAACAAAGGACUCCGCACAGAUUUCCUUCUGGAUGUCAUUGAACUGGGACCGGCGGGAUUGCAGAAAGUUGGUACAUGGAAUUCCACGGAGGGCCUCAAUUUGACGAGACACUAUCAAAUACUGACAGCAGACAGCGAUGAGAAUUCACUGAGAAAUAAGACUUUUAUCGUUCUAACAGCUCUGAGUCCUCCGUACGGAAUGCUGACGGAAUCCGCUCAUAAAUUGUCCGGCAACGCAAGAUUCGAAGGUUUUGGCAUUGAUUUGAUUCAUGAACUGUCGUUGAUGCUUGGCUUCAAUUACACCUUCAAUUUGCAAGAGGAUGGCAUUUAUGGAUCCAAGGGAGAGGAUGAUGAGUGGAAUGGGAUGAUUAAGGAACUCCUUGAAUACAGGGCAGAUUUGGCUAUCACGGAUUUGACAAUCACUGCAGACCGUGAAGGAGCAGUAGACUUUACCAUGCCCUUUAUGAAUCUUGGGAUUUCCAUCUUGUACAAGAAACCCUCUAAGGAACCACCAUCUCUCUUCUCCUUCAUGAGUCCCUUCAGCAAAGAAGUCUGGUUGUACCUUGGAAUGGCAUACUUAGGAGUCUCCCUGUGCCUCUUUAUUCUGGGCAGAAUCUCUCCGGGAGAAUGGGACAAUCCCUAUCCAUGCAUUGAGGAACCUACAGUCCUGGUGAAUCAAUUUCACUUUGGCAAUUGCCUGUGGUCAACAAUUGGGGUACUUCUUCAGCAAGGAACAGACGUAGCUGCCAAAGCACCAUCUUCGCGCGCCGUUGCUUCCAUUUGGUCCUUCUUCACAUUAAUCAUGGUGUCCUCGUACACAGCAAAUCUGGCCGCCUUCCUCACAGUCGAAUCCGUCUAUUCGCCCAUCAACAAUGCCGAAGAUCUGGCCAAUGCCAAGGGUACCAUCAAGUAUGGAGCCAAGAGAGACGGAAGUACCAUCAGUUUCUUCAAAGAUGCCGAAUAUCCGAUUUAUCAGCAAAUGUACAAGUACAUGAUGGAUCAUCCGGAUAUGUUGACCUCAUCGAACUCAGAAGGAUUGUCAAGGGUUAAAUCUGAGAAUUACGCCUUCCUCAUGGAAUCCACUUCCAUUGAGUACAUCACUGAACGAGAAUGCGAUGUGGCUCAAGUCAAUGGUUUGCUGGACGACAAAGGAUAUGGGAUUGCUAUGAGAAAGAAUUCUCCCUACAGAAAUGCAUUAAGUGAAGCUGUUCUCAAGCUCCAGGAACAGGGUAGACUCAGUGCUCUCAAGAUAAAAUGGUGGCAGGAGAAACGCGGUGGAGGAGCCUGUUCUAGCAGCGGAUCAGACGAUGGAGCUGAACGCCUGGAUAUGGCAAAUGUGGGAGGUGUAUUCUUCGUUCUGACCUGCGGAAGUGCCUUUGGGGUGUUCUACGGAUGCUGUGAAUGGCUGUACUUCAUCCGGAAAAGAGCUGCCAAGAAGAAAGUCUCUCUCCAGGAGGAAUUUGCGUCAGAGUUCAAAUUUGUGGCAGCUUGCAAGAGUAACGUUCGCGUGAUCAGAGAAAGAAGUGACGAGAUAGAUUCUCAGCAUUCAGCCAUUUCAGAGGCUUCAACCAAAUCCAGAAGAAGUCAAUAAAUUCUUAUCCUAACUUCCCAGCCCCUCGCCAAAGACAAAAAGUAAAAAGAAAAUUUUGCAGACUUUCCCUUUCGUAAUUUUCCCUCCAAAGUGCUAUUUUAUUCACUUCUCCCCAAACCGAAUACCCACUCAAAACAGCCCCAGACAUGACAUGAAAAAUAGCAAAGAAUUCAAUGAUAUACUGCACUCUCAACUUUACAACUUUAUCAACUUGAGAAUAAAUCAUACAUUUGCCAUCCGGAGAUAGAUAUUGGAAGAAAAGACUUUUCCAUUCGACAAAAAAAGAGGAAUAAAAAUAAAGUUAAAUGAAAA